CCUCAUUCACGGCUUUUGCAAGUUCGCGGACAAAGGCUGCAUGUUCAACCACGACGCGGUACAGCAUUCACUCAGGUCGGCCAUUGACAUGGUUUGUGCUGACAAUGUGACCUUUGAAGAACAAGCAACAGACUUCACAGCAAUCCCCCGUGCCAUCAAGGCCCGAAACACCAAAGAAGCUCAAGAUUGACUCCCCAAUGUUCCAACCCGCGUCACCGCUCAAGAGCACUGCGUCCCUCGCAAGGGAUGCUCCGGUCUUCGUGCCAAAGACACAGCAGAGCUCCAUGGUUGCUUUGGCGCCUGAAUUCAAGCCAGGACAAGACUUCAUUGGCGGCGCCGAUUCAGCGACAAGCUUCGCUGCAAGCAGCGUUCCUGCCCCCGAAUUCACUCAGCAGAUGAGUCAGAUGAGCAUGGAUCCGAGUCAAGUGUACUCUGCUCCUCCUGACAACAUGAACCCUUACGCCAACCCAUCCGCUUCGAUGUACUACCAACCAUCUAUGCAGCCCUACCAACCCCUCCAAUACCAUCUCUACGCGGCGCAGCCUCCCCACCGCUCAGAUCUCCUACCAUACCAGCGCACGAUACACGGCUUCUUUCUAUCAGACAACAUCCGCGAAGAGCUGCAAAGAAAGAGUGCCGCGACAUUACAGACGAUCGGUGACUUGAACUUGCCACGCUCUGUGCAUGUAUACCACUCGCUCGUACCACUAGACACGAAGCGCGAAAAGGACACUAGGGUGUUUGGGUAUCCCAGUUGGGUGUACAAGGCCUUUUCUGGUACUACUGGGAAGACGUAUGCGCUUAGACGGAUAGAGGGCUUUAGGCUUGUCAAGGAGCAAGCGAUUGGAUUGAUUGAGCAGUGGAGACGGGUGACGAAUGCCAGUAUUGUGACCGUGCACGAAGCAUUCACGACCAAGGCGUUUGGAGAUAACUCUAUUGUCUUCGCAUACGACUUCCAUCCCCUGUCGACCACGCUUUACGACACCCAUUUCGGACCGAGCCCCCGUUAUGUUGCCAAAUACGAAGGCCAGGCUGCCGUCCCAGAAAAGGUUAUCUGGAGCUAUAUCACCCAGAUCACUUCAGCCCUCAGGACGAUCCAUGCUGCUGGGCUGGCCGCACGAUGCAUCGACCCGACAAAGAUCCUGAUGACGAGUAAAAUGCGGAUCAGACUGAACUGCUUGGGUAUCGUCGACGUCCUUGCGUACGACACUGGAGGUACACUCGAAGAAUGGCAGCAGGAUGACCUCCUACAACUCGGUCGACUUAUCGUCUCUAUUGCUUGUGGAUCGCCAUUGGCUGCGAAUGACUUUCCUUCAGCCGUGGAUUUCAUUUCCCGACAUUACUCUGUGGAGUUGAAGGAUAUCAUCGUCUAUCUCAUCUCCAAACCCUCGCCGACGAAGACGAUUUCGGAAAUUGUUACGCUCAUCGCUGACCAUACCAUACAAGACUUCAACUCCGCCCUUCACUUCAAUGACAAUAUCGAGGCUGCGCUCGCCCGUGAACUGGAAAACGGUCGUAUCGCACGACUCCUCACCAAACUCGGCUUCAUCAAUGAGAGACCAGAAUACGACCAUGACCCGCAAUGGUCGGAGACUGGUGAUCGCUACCUAAUCAAGCUCUUUCGGGACUAUGUGUUCCACCAGGUCGACGAACAAGGCAAUCCAGUGGUGGACAUGGCUCACGUACUAAGCUGCUUGAACAAGUUGGAUGUGGGUAGCGACGAAAAGGUUAUGCUCGUUAGCAGGGAUGAGCAGAGUUGUUUGGUGCUGAGCUACCGAGAGAUUAAGAGCUGCAUAGAAGUUGCCUUUUCACAGCUAUCAAAAAAACGUUAAACGUAAGUGGAAACUUAGUAUCUAGACCCUAAAUUGACGCUAGUGUUCACCUUUCC